GCAAGUAAGAGCAACAUUGCCGUGGACAGGAGAGGUUGUCAAAAGACAGACCGGGGCUAGGGCCCUCUUACCACCAUCACUGCUGAAACACUUGCAGCAGAUCAGCAGCACAAGUCAUAACUCGCUCCCCAGAUCACUGCAUUUAUUACAAAUUGGUGCUUAAGGAAAUUGCUGAAAAUAAUAACAUUUCAAGGUGGUUUGUUGAAGAAACCAAUUGGGAACAACUAGUUUUAUUGAAGUAAAAGUGUUGACCGGACGGCUUGUCUUUAACCAUAGACGAUGGAGGUGUUGGCCAAAUCGCUGUCGUCGGUGCCUCGCAUCUUGUCCCUAUCGUGUGGGUACUGCAGCCAGCAUGCCUCGUCUGCCUCCCACACCUGUGCCCCGACUAUGAUGCCCGCCUCUACCCACUCUCCCACAUCCUUCCACGCGCCAGCUUUCACUCAUGCUCACGAAUCUAGACGAAGAAUCAACCGGCGGACGGAACUGGACUAUGAGGAACUGAGGGCGCUGCAGGUGGCGGGCGAUAUCGCGCUCAUCGACGUCCGCGACCCCCAAGAGCUGCAGAACUACGGCGAGAUCCCCGGCUCCCUCAACAUACCUCUUGGCAAGAUUAAAGUUGCCCUUCAGCUUUCGAAGGAUGAAUGGGAGGAAGAAUUCCACAUGGAGAAACCUGACCAAGAAGAUCGUAACCUGGUAUUUUAUGCUCGUGGUCCAAAUGCAUCCAGUGCUGCAGUAGAAAUUGCUCACCGUCUUGGUUUCAAAAGGUCGCGCCAUUAUAUUGGAGGAUGGGAGGAUUACUGCAAGCAAACAGGCCGGCCACUCAAGAAGCCACAGAAUGGCUUUGCAUCGUGUGACAACUACUACACUAGGAAUUUUGAUCAGUACUACUUGUAAGGAGAGUGAGUGAAGGUGGUCUUUGACAAUUUUGUUUCACAGAACUGUAUCAGGGAAAUUUAUUUUUUUAUACUUCAUUAAUGAUAGUGAUAUGUCCAAUAUUGUAAACUGAUCAGUUUUAUGACAAAAGGAGCUAACAUUUAUUUGAAUACUAAUGCUCCAACAUCAAUGGCAAGUGUUGAUGUUGAACAGUCAAAACCACAAUGCUCGAUAAAGUUGUAAGUAGUGGAAAUUAUUAUUGAUCUGCAUAAGUCAAGAGCCCAUAAAGACUAAACACUGUCUGUGUGGGGGAGCUGCCAUCUUUUUCCAAUACAAGAGCACAAUGCCUGAGAGUUGUCUUUUCAUUUAAUG